CUCGUCGGCCGGCCGCCCGGCCGGGCACCACGGGGGCAAGACCGCGGAUUCGGGGAGGCGUCGGGUCCUGCCUGCGCGCGCUCAUACACUUCGUUGCAGGCCGGGAUGAACAGGCAUUUCAUUGCAGGACUGAAGUUGACCCCAACAGAGCGAGGGCAAUUGCCAUGACCCAACCACCGGGCACCAGCAGCGCUCCGGCCGCUGGUCCGCGCUGCCAUCACGCCCAAGGCAUGAACGCGCCGGCCCCCGCGCGUACAAAUCAAUCCCUCCAUCCUCUCGCGCCAAUUCAAGCCCGCCAUCCUCCCACCUGACCGUCGUGGCAGUACCCAUGGGCCAUGCGUCCUGGCCGCCGUCGUCAUCCGCCGCCGUGAAGGCGGGGGCGAUAGUGAUCUGCGUGCUGCUGCUCCUGCCGGCCGCCGCGGUCGCGCAGCAGGCGCCCGCGGAGGCCGCGGCGGCGAUCGACGCGGAAGGCGACGGCAACGGCACCACUCGAGGCGGCGGCGGCGGGAGAGGCGGCGGCGGUGGCGGCUCGCGGAGUAAGCUGGUGAGCAGCAUCGACUGCCAGAUCUGCGAGGCGACGUGCCGCGUCAAGUGCCUCAUCAACAACCUCUUCCAGUGGGGCGGGUGCUACCAGCGGUGCAAGGGCGACAACUGCAACGACUGGUGCAGGUAGCGGGCGCGAACGAAUUGAAGCCAGUAGCUGCUGCCUGCCUGCAUGUGUCCAUGGACGGGGUGCACAAACACGUACGCGCUUCGAUGAUCUGCCGGGCCGGACGACGGACACUCUUCGACAGUGGUCGAUCGGGUUAGUUGAUAGGACGGUUCAGGCCAUGCCACGUACCCAGCCUUCUUCUGCAAUCUACUACGUAGAUCCACAGUACAGUAUAUAGUAUAUACAUACAGCCACACACACACACACACAUAUAAUUAUCCAGAGUUUGUA